AAAAAAAAAGCCGAUUGGGACACAACCCGAGGCUAACAGACGAAGGAGAGUGUUUACGCAGCUGACUGCAGGAUAAGAUGCGGUUCCGAUUUUGUGGUGAUUUGGACUGUCCGGACUGGGUCUUAGCCGAAAUCAGCACUUUAGCACGAAUAUCAAGCGUCAAGAUGAAACUUCUGUGUGUACAAGUGAUAAAAGACAUCCUCGAUGAAGGCAUUGAUUAUGACAAGGUGGCAAAACUAACCUCUGAUGCAAAAUUUGAGAGUGGAGAUAUUAAAGCCAGUGUUGCUGUACUGAGUUUUAUCCUCUCCAGUGCAGCAAAGCAUGAUGUUGAUAGUGAAUCUCUAUCCAGUGAACUUCAGCAGCUGGGCUUGCCAAAAGAGCACACAACAGGACUGUGUAAAUCUUACGAAGACAAACACACAGCCCUGCAGGAGAAGCUAAAGGAGAGCAGUCUACGCUUGGGGUGUCUUGAAGCUGUGAACUGGAGGGUGGACUACACACUGAGCUCUAGUGAACUGAAGGAGGUGAAUGAGCCCACAGUACAGCUGAAGCUCCAGGCUCAAGACCCAGAGUCUGGUUCUACUGAGACCACAGUAGUGUCAGUCACUGCAGACAAGUUUAGAGUCCUCUUAACAGAACUUAAACAAGCGCAAGCUAUGAUGAAUGCACUGCAAUGAACCCAUCUUGUAUUAUCAUUUUAGUAAUUCAUUAUAAAUAUACAAGUGUCAUUACCACUUAGAGAAUCUCUCUGAACUGUAAGUAGCUUUGUUACUUUCUGGUCACAAUUCACCCAUUGGCCAAUAUUUUGGAAGUCACACAGGUGGGAUUUCAGUUCCAGUGGAAUUAAUGUGAUUAUUUUGUGAAGUAGAAAACAUGAUGGUGUAAUUCUCUUAUAAGGUGUAUCAAUUAUAUAGAUUUACACACAAUGAGAAGUUUCAAAUAAUUUUUUGGACUAAACGUAAAGCAAAUUAAGAACAAUUUACAUUAGUUGGUCCACAGUGAUUCUGUACAAAUGUGCACAGACUGUAAGACACGUUAGUACAAUAUAGAGCUAUGCACAGACAGAUCCCUGGACUAAUAACUGAAAUAAGUUGUAUUAUUUGGUCCAGUUUUUUUUCCCAGUCAGGUUGAUUGAUUUUUGUUUGUUUGUUUUUGUUUUAAACUUGAAAAUGUUUUGUAUUGUUUAUAUGAAUGUUCAUAAAAUAAAGUAUAUAUUUCCCAUGA